CGGAAGUAACACAGUGGUGAAAGAUUCGUAUGUGAAAUGUAGCAGAAAUAUACGUUCAAAAUGAGGUUGGAAUCCAAAGUUCUGUGUUUGCGGGUUUUGUCUGCUGUUUGUAUAUCACUGAUUUGGUUGAUUGGAGCAGCCAUCCUAGGGUUUUCUCUGUGGUUUUUGUUGGACGUUUGGAUUACACAGUAUGUACAGGCUGCGACGGAACUUCAGGAAUAUCGUAUCUAUGUAUACCUAUUCAUCGCUGGGGGAAGCUUCAUACUCCUUUUCGGCGUCAUUGGCAUGAUCGGUGCCGUCAAACCAAAUAUUGUGUGUCUUGUUGUGUUUCUAGUCUUCUCAGUGCUGUUAUUUUUACUGCUAGUAGUCAGUGUUGUAUUGGGCUACUUUUACAGAGUACAGAUAGAAGAUACAAUACAGAAAUCACAGUUACUGACGACUGUAGUACGGACCCAGUACGGAAAGGACAAUGUCAUAACAAGUGGGAUAGACUACAUGCAGGUUGAGCUACACUGCUGUGGUGGCGUAAGUUUCGAGGACUACAAAGGAUCGGACUGGGUCACCGUCAUCGGAAACACAGAUCAGGGUGUGGAAGCCAACAGUAAGAACACAGCUCCGCUAAGCUGUUGUAGCAGCUACUGGUACAUCAAGCCUUCUGUAUCAUCGGACAACAAGUACUGCAAGAUGUAUAAGGAGAGCGUACAAUCUAGUCAGCGUAACGAACCUACAGAAGAGAUUUACAAAAAGGGUUGUGGAGAAGCCAUAGUGGAUUUCCUGAAAGAGCAGUUCUUCAUAAUCUGUGCUGUGGGCAUAGCUAUAGUAACAGUGGUGUUGUUCACCAUUGUGUUCCUGUCCCUUCUCAUCCACUUCUUGCGAAGGGACCCUCCGAUGUCUAUGACUGAUGAUGUCGUGUACGAGAUGGCACGUUGCCAAGAAAAAUCUCCGUACCCCACACGGGGUCAAGGCGGACCUUACGCCAAUCUCUACAACAACUAACUCAGGACGUCAUCACUGACAGAAUAACAUCAGAUUUACAUCGCAGAUCAUCGGCUGCCAUCUUCCUUCAUUAAGACAUUGUGCAGUCUGGAGUUGUCUCCCUUCUCAAAUGUCAACCGUUUGAAGGGCGGAUAUGGUAUUCUAGCAGAAUAUUCAAAUUCAUUCAACAGCGUCCAGAAUGGAGUUCACAAAACAUUUUUGUUGGCGUUUGCUACACAUUUAACAGGUGGAUUUAUGUAAGAAGUAAAAUCUGUCAACUCGUCACAAUCAUAGGAGACUCAUAUCAGAUGGAAAUAUGAAAAAGAGAGAAAAAAUAUGCUUUUUAUUAUCAUUGUGUUGUUGUCCUUAGAGAACCUUGUACUAGUUCAACUCAUUGAUCAUGAACCACUGAUCAUGAGGACCUUGAGAAACAAUGGUGUUGCAGGCACAAUUCAUUAUUCCUAAGUUAACACAUUGUAUUUCUAGGAGAAAAAAUUACUUCAUUGAGUUCAUUAUAAGGAAGAAUUCAGAAAAUUUCAUAGGAAACAUUUCAUGAACUUCAUGACACACCUUUGCUGAACAUUCAUGAUUGUAGGUGCUCAAGGCAUGGAGUAUUUUUUUCUACUGCAUUACAUAGAAUCGACUACAUCAGAUAUUUUUUGAGCAUUUCAUUUAUGUGAAUCUAGGAUUCGCAUCCAGAACACAAUGUGAAAUGUUAAAAGCAAUUCUUUUUUUAAUGAAUGAAUGAAUGACCAUUUUGCAAGCUGUCAUUCUUGAGUACCAGUUACAUAAUUUUGAUAUUUUUUAUCAUAAUUGCAAAUCUGGAACUUUUUGACUUCCUGUACCUGGAUGAGAAUGUUAAAAAAACAAUUAAAUCCUGGAUUCUUAUUUUUCGCUUAAGAAUAUUACAGAGAAUUUGAUCAAGUAGUUAAAUGCUUUUCAUUGCUUAUAUCUGCACUUACCUGAUGGCUGAACUAUUUUGUACUGAAAUAUUCAUAUCUGUUGAUGGCAGUGGUUCAUCUUAACAUUGUUUAACAUUUAAACCUUACAAUUUAAAACACGAACUUGUGAAUGUGUAUGAGAAACAGAAAGAGCACAGAAAUUUCAAACCAAGACAGCAAUUGAAGAAAUUUAAUGAAAUUUGUUUAAGAAUUAGAAAAUAAGGGGACAAAAGAGACAAUGUGUGUGCCACAAUGUGUAACCCAUUCACCUCAUAAUGAUGAAUUGUCAUGCUGACAAUAAAUGAAUUAUGGUAACUUAACAUGGCAGCAAAAUGUGGCCUGUUGAAAUAGUUUAUCACUUGCACAGUUUCCAAUACAUUCUUUCUGGUUAAUAUAUAGUGUAAUAUUAUCAAUGUUAGCUUCAGAGUUCGUUGUGUAAGAACGUGUCACGUUAAGAUUAAUAAAUUAAUGUUUAUAUUUUUUUUAAUGUUGAGAAAAUACAGACUGUUAAGCAAGUUAAAUGAUUUUAAUAAAGUGAAAAAACUAAAGACAUUGGUUAUACAAACUUAAAAUUCUAUUUAUAUUACUUCACAAACGAUGUGAUUACCAGGAUGUCAAGUUUUCUUGUUGGCCUACAUUCUGUAAACGUAUUUAUUUGGUGUGCACAAAUUUUAGCACAUAAAUGAUGCAAAAUUAGUACAAUAAUGAAUUGGCGUACCCAUGGUUACGUCCAUCGAAAAACAAUAUACGGAGACUGCAAUUAGCGCAAGCUUAAUUCAGCAGAAGGAUUUCAUUGCAAAAGGCGUUAAAUAGAAAAGAUUAUCACUUAAAUGUGUACGUUUACAGUAUUCUGUAUUGUAGAUGUAAUCUUGUUAUUUUAAUGACAUUUUUACUAAUAAUGACACCGUAUGAUGCCAGAUGUUUUGCUUGGAUAGUGUGAUUUGGUAAAUUUGUGAAUGUUGAUGUCAGAAUUUUCCUUGAUAUUGUCAAUGUUUUCUUUUUUGCAAUGACAUCAUAUACCCUGAUGAUCCUUCACCUUCAUAACCAUGUCCGGAAUAUUUGCUUUCAUGACGAAAUACGCAAUUGUUACAAAUUUAUAUGAAAUUAUCUCCCCUUAAUAUAUCAGAAAUUAUCUCCCCUGAUAUAUUUUAUUUAAAAUUGAGAUAUAUUUGAAGUUAUCUCCCCUUGAUGCCAUUCCUUCAAUUUUCAUGUAAAGAUAUUUUCAAGGCAAAUUGAUUCAUUACAAUGGUUUCAUAUUUAGGAAGUUGGCUGUGUGUGUGUAGUAUAGUGAUUGUUGUAAUCCCCAACAUUUUUACUUAAUUACUGAACUGGAUGGCUCCUAUUCAAUCGGUAUCAUUGUACGCCUUGUUUGUGAACAUUAUACAGUAGAUCCUCUGGGGCGCAAAUGAUUGCCUAAUCUCAUCGCUGUCCUGUGAGUAACUUUACCAUCCAAUAUUUUCAUAUUUGAGAAGGUAUAAAAAAUAGUCAUUAAUGUUAGUUAUAUCAUGCUGAAACAUUGAUUGAAAUUAUAGAAGGAAAAGUACAUUAUAUUUGGUAUGUUCAAUGUAUGUGGUCAAAUGUAUCAUUGUAUACCAUUUCAAGAUCAUGUGCACAACUGCUAUACAUAUGUAUAUGUACACCUAUGUACAGGUACGUAUGUGUACACCAGCUUUACCUAAGUACAGGUACAUAUGUGUACACAUACAUACAGGUACAUAUGUGUACACAUACAUACAGGUACAUAUGUGUACACCUGGUAUUUCCUAUGUACUUACGAUUGUUUUGCUCAGCCAAGGUCAAACACAUGUGGGGAGAACCUUGUGUGAAAGUUGUACAAUCUAUCAACUGUGGGUGCUGGUAACCAGAAUUUCUGUCUGAUCAUUCCCCAGUCAUUUGUAUAUUGUAAUAUUACUAAAUGACGACCUUUAACAUUUGACCUUUUUACAUGUAUAUGACAAAUUGGCCUUCCCUGUUCUACACCAUUUAUACACACAACACCUUAUUGAUCCGUAAUGAGAUCAUUCUGCCUGAAAUGUUUUAAUUUUAUAAAAAAUUAUAUUUCCUUGUUCUUUAAACAAAGUUCUGUUUUGACCACCCGUGUGUGAACUUUUCAUGUUUUAAUGUAAAAAAAAAAAAAAGAAGAUUUUUAUCAUUUUCUGCCAUAUUUGAUACAUUUAGUAUAAGGUAGUCGAUGACUGUAUAUCUGUGCUUAUCUUCAUCUCAGUCUAUCUUGACAAGGCAUGUUAGGAAAAUAUUGUUUUGCUCAUUGAAUACGCUGUUAUAGGCAUGCAUGCUGUGCGUGCAUAUAUGUUAAUGGAACUGCUUUAGUUCAUAAGUAGGAACUCUCAUGUUUAACAUCUUUCAUUUCUACAAUAUCUAAGGAUGUAUUUUCAGAAAUGAUAUUUUCCACAUUCUGGUUACAAGUAAUUAACGAGGUAAUUAUGAAAAUAAUUGAAUGACACAACUCUGAACAGGGCUGCAGGUGCUUGAAUUAUUGAACCCUCAGAUUUGACAAAAGCUAACCACCCUACAAAAAUCAUAGUUCUGAAGCAGAUUUAAAUGUUUGAGCAGUACUUAUUAUAGUUCUGUAACAAGAGGGAUCAAUUCUUCAAGGACUUGUGUAAAGGGCCUGGGUGAUCGAAUAAUUUGAAAUUUAAAAAAUUUGAUUUUGUUGAUGAUGAUUGUAAGUAAUUAUUGUUAUUAAUUAAACAAGGGAAGCUUUACCAGUAAAUAUCUUGUUUGAUUUAAUGAAAUCCUCUUGAUCAAGAACUGUGUUUGUGCUCCACAUAUUGAAUAGUUUACCAUUUUAUCUGAUACUAGAAAAAUGGUAUUCAUAUAAAAAAAAACAUCAGUUUUUGUGAUGGAGUAGUUAGAAUAGUGUGCCAUUCCAUCUUUUUCAAAGAAGAUUUUUUGUAGGUAUUUGUAGAUUUUUAGCCAUUUCAUCUGGCAUGAUUUUGUACUAUUUACUUUUUAAUACAAGUGUUGUUUUGAUAUAAAACAAUAGGCAUUGAGAAUGCAUUGUAUUAUGUAUAUUGUUUUGUAUGGUUGCUGUUUUUAGAGACACACAUUUUCAGAUUGGUUGUAUCUGUGAAAUUAUCCCCAAAUUAUAUGAUAUAUGCCAACAAACUGUCAAUUUUGUUCUUAAUUUAACCUUUUUUUCUAUCUUGAGAAUAAUUAUUAAUAUUAUUUGACCUUAAGUUUGCAUAUCAACAACAAUACCGGUUAUUCAAUAAUUUAUAGCACAGGGAUUUGACACCAGUUCCCAACCCAUGACUUGUAUAUAGAAUAUAUUUAUAUCGUUGUGGGUUUGGAAUUUGUGCCAAGUCCCUGUGAUUGAUAGCAGUAAUAAGUCAUAAGAUUACACUAGUUAGUUCAGUAUUAUUACAUAUGUAUUUGUGGAUACAUAUGUACUUGUAAUGCUGAAAUCGAAAGGUUUUGGGGGAAUGUUGCAAUAAAAAAAUUACACAGCGAAUGUCAGACAAUUUUUGUAAUAAAAUUCAAAAUCUUUUAAAAUUCAGUGAUGUAAGCCUGUAUAUAAUAAAAACAAUACUAAUAUCAUUACCUAGCGGCUAUGGAUAUCCAGGCAGAUGCGGGUUGGACAUUCAGUGAGAUCAAGUACGAUAAUCAGUGAGGUAGUCACCAACUACAACAAGUAGUCAAGCCUCAAAAUGCUUAUACCUGUUCACAGGGCAGUAAAACCAGAAAGCAAACAAAAAUCCUCUGUUACAUUAAUUUUGAAUCCAACUUUACAUUACGAUUCUCAAAAUUUCAUCAUGGAGGAUUUUAAGUUUUAUAACUUGGAUUUAAACUUACACUAGUAUCAAGGUUUUCUAUCAGCAGAAAUGACAUUUUACUGACAAUGUUCUUAUCAGUACCACAGGGACAUGGCAUACAUUUACUUACGAUACUCUAUUUGAUUUAUAUACAUCAUAUAUACAGUAACAAUAUGUGGAAUAGGAGUUGUGCCAAAUUCCUGUGAUUAGUAAAUUUCACUCGAAUGUAAUAUUGAAUUAAAUUUUUAAAUCAUUAAUACAUGAAGUGGUUGAACACUUUGAUUCUGGAUAACAAGUUCUGUCAUAUUGACGUGAUUACUUCCAUGGAUAUUGAUUUUGGAUUUUAUUGCCUAAAUUGUCUGAAUAUAGUGUACAUAUGAUAUGUAUCGGUAAUUUACUACUCACUAGGUUGUCACUUAAUUUUAUUGAUUCAAAACGGUUGUAUUUUACCACAUAUUGUCGGUUUUACAUUGCAGUAGGGUUGUUAUGGACUAGAAAAAAAAAUCCACUACAGAGAGAUUACAUUAUUUAUUUUUAGUCUUGGUUGGUGGGUUAUUUUUUUUCAGUAAAUGUGUCCAGAAAUAAAUUUGUAUUUGUCUUCAUUUUUAGAUAAAUAUUAAUGUAAUGUCAUUAGAUAUCUAUUCACAAUUACAAUUAAGCUAUAUAUUAAAGAAAUAUUCAUGCCUGAAAAUCAUCAAAUAUUUGACUAUUAAUGUUCAUUUCAAUUUAUGUAUAUACUAUAUAUGUAUCAAACCUUCCCAUGAAAGAUUGUGAAAUAUAUAUGUUAGGUGUUUCAUUUGAUAUAAUUUUUAAGUAAAUCAUUUUAAACCAUGUUGAUACUUCCCAACUUUUAUGUUCAUUAUGUGAUGUGAGCCCUAAUGUCUGAUUGGAGAUGAUUAAGCUUAUGUUAUUAAUGUCUUCAGUGAUCGUUUAGUCCCACUUAUUUGUUUCAUCCAUUUGCUGAAUUUCAGCAGAUGACUUUAUUUAUUUAAAGACAAAGAUCAGAAGGUACAUCAUAGAUUUCAGGGUUGGUAAUUUUUUCUUAAAUGCGAAAAAAAAAAAUUUAAUCAAGCAAUUUUAAAUUUUGAAUAAAGAAAUAUUCAAUCAUUCCUAAACAAAAAACAAAACAAAAAAAUGCAAAUCUGUUUAUCAUUUCUUUCAAACAGAUUAAGCAUUUAUAUAAAUUGUAUACAUUUAAUUACAUGUUCAAUCAAAACAAUUUUCUUUCAAACAUUUUUUCCAGCUUUUUCAAACUUGCAUCAUUAUAUAAAGU